AUGGGCAAGGUUGCUAUUUUGCCCUCACAACCUCAAAAAACCUACUUGAGUCGUUGGACGACAUUGAAACAUCUAAUGCAAUAUAAAGACACAUCCGAGAAGAGUUGUACAUUUGACUGGUUCCUUUUGAGCAUAAACAACUGAAGAAAAUCGAACCCAACACGUAUACUUGUUCAGUUUUGCUACUAUUAUGCCUCUUAAUCAAUUGUAUGCCUCCACCUGUUGCAGACAAUCUUCCAUCUACCUCAGCACCAGUUUUUGAUAAAGAACACCAUAUGGCGGUAUUCUAUUGGAUAGAGUUGCUGAGUCAUUUGUUGGUCUAACAGUAUAGAAUGUCCAUAGGACCCGCCGGCCACGUGGGCCUUGGGCUGCCAAAUGGGAAUCCUACAUGUCAGAAAGAGUCAUUAACAAAUCUCUUCUAAUCCCUUCUCAACCACUGUGAUCAUUUCAGUGGUGCUUGUGGUUAGAAUCUCCUAAUAAUACGCCCAAACUCUUAUAAGUCUUCGGAAUUUGAUUAUUUCAUAUUGUUGGUUAGAAGGAACGAUAAUAGUUCGUCUUGAUGGGUGACACUUCUGCUUCGUACAUACAUAUGGUGCAACAUCUUAUAGAGAAGUGUUUGAUCUUCCGCAUGAGCAAAGACGAAUGCAUGGAAGCACUUUCUAAACAUGCAAAGAUCAAACCUGUAAUCACCUCUACUGUGUGGAACGAGUUAGAGAAAGAGAACAAGGAGUUCUUUGAGUCUUACUCUCAUUCUCAGUCUCAGUCCUCAAGUGUAGCAGAUCGGAUGUCUGAAGCGGAAACAAGCCAACUGAUCCAGAAGAUGAUAAAUGACCAUCAAGCAGACGGCUCAGACAGCGAUGACAAGUAACACACGGCAUACAUAAAUAUAAAUUGCUAGCUGCGUAUAAGUAACUUUAGUCACUAAGCCUACCAAAGUAUAAAUGAAUUGACCAAAUUACCCUUGGAGCUUGAAAACCCUAGAGCAUAACCUAUUUAUAAACUUUGGAUCCCCCGAGGUGGGCGUGCACCUGGAAUCUUAGUGAAUCAAUUAUAGCUCGUAUAAAAGUUAACAGUCGCAAUCUAAUGCUGUUUUUGUGUCGUGUUGAAGUAUGGGAUAUUUUGUUUUGUUGUGUGUUUUUUUGUUGUUAUGUAAUGUAGAAACAAAUGAAGCUUAAAUUGUUGGGUCCA